UGGCGGGGCCGGGCGGUGCGUCCCUCCCGCCGCGGCUGCCAGCGCCGCCGGCACCAUGGGCUGCUGCUGCCGCCUCCUCCUCCUCGCCCUCCUCUUCCUCCCGGCAGGGCUGGGCGAUGACUCCCCAGAAUCACCCCGGCACCCCAUCAGCCCCCCCUUCCUCUGGCAGGGGAUCCCGGUGCCACCAGACUCCAGGGAUGCUGAUGUCCCCACACCAGCUCCUGGCCAGCCCUCCCUGCCCACGCCCACGGGACCUUCCGGAGACGGGAUGCCCUCCGGGCCAGUGGAGGGGGGUGGCCACAACGCCACCGCUGUGGCAGCACCGUCCCCUGCUCCCAUCUCCACCACCGUGAGCUCCACCGCCGUGACAGACAGUCCCUCUGCCUCCUCCGACCCCAGCUCGGUGCCACCCACCUCGGAGACAGCCCCAGCUCAUCGGACAGCAAAUCCUGCCAGCUUGGCAAGAAGCACCGUGGAUUUGGGGGCAGCUUCCAGCCCCACGGGCACGGCUGCGUCCUCGUCCUCCGCCUCCCUUCCCACCGGCGACCCGGACUCAGUCUUGUCCCCAACGCCUGUCCUGGCGAGCCCUGGCACCACCCAGCCACCGACGCUGACCGAGGAUGUCCCUUCCCUGGGGACUCUGGCCAUGGCAUCGAGCCUGGCCGUGGAGCCAACGUCCCCCCCAGUGACUGUGGCGAGCCCCAGCGCGGCCGAGGCCACGGCCUCGGACAAAGCCACCGGAGUCACCAUGGAGGAGGUGCCGCGUGCCUUGAGUGCAGGGAGCAUCGUGGCCAUAACCGUGACCGUCAUCGUGGUGGUGGUGCUGGUUUUCGGGGCAGCAGCGUACCUCAAGAUCAGGCACUCCUCCUACGGAAGGCUUUUGGAUGACCACGACUACGGCUCCUGGGGCAACUACAACAACCCUCUCUACGAUGAUUCCUAGCAGGGAUGAAGAAAAAAAAAAAAAACCAACCCCAUAAACCCUUAAUUUAUAAGCGCUUCAGCAGCAGAGCAUCCGCUGUCGAGGAGAUGCUGCCAGGGGCAGGAGCCCCUGCCAGGGGCAGGAUCACGGCGGGUCUGGUGGAGCACAGGAAGAGGAGGGCGGGUGUGCAGUGUGCCAACAAUAAACCUGAAUUUUGGCCUUUAGUCCUGGGGCACGUCAACCACUUGUCAUAGGCAAGGGAACCCAAAUUCCCCAGGGGGACUGGAUGGGGAGGUCGAAGGAGAGGAUGGAGGUUCAGCCAGUGCCGUGGCACCCUUUGAAAUGCUGCUGCUCUGUGAUUUUGGGGGGGAAUGGGGGGUUGCUGAGACACAGCCAGCAGUGUGCAGGGGUCUCCUGUGCUUUCACUUGUCCCUUUCCCCAAAAUCACUUCCCUGUGUUGCUCUGCUGUGAAAUUCUUUGCCUUGUCUCACCAGGACCAUGAACAGUUAUGGGGAUGCUCAGUCACUGCUCCCUCUCUUUUCCUGUAGGUGCUUCUGUGCAGAAGCUCCUAAUUUCCUUUUUUUCCCACUUAACGGUGGGGGUUUUGUCCCAAACACAGCCUGGGAGCCCAUGGGAAGGUGCGCUGACCACCCAUUUCACACACGUGGCUGCUUGCUCCACACCUUUGUUUUUAAUCCUUAAAAAUCUUGGCUGCUAAAAUACAGCGGAGUGUCCUUUUAAUCUCCAA